GAUAAACAAAAACAGAAAGAGAGGAAAAAGAGGAAAGAAUCUAAGAAAAUUAAAUUAGAUAAAAUAAAAAAAUCUAAAAGUCGAAGCAAGGCUAGUAGUAGUGGUGACAGCAGUGUCAGCAGUUCUUAUGGUACCAGCGAUUCAGAAGUAUCUAGUUCAUCUGACUCAGAAUUUGAAAAGAAAAAAGAAAGAAAGGACAAACAUAAGAAGAAGAAAAUGAAAUUGGAUAAAGUAAAGAAAUCAAAAUCAAAAAAGAAGUAUUCUAGUAGUAGUUCAGAAAAAGCUCUAAGUUCUAGUUCUGAUUCUGAAUUAGAUAAAAAGAAGACAGAGAAGAAUCAUUCCACCAUUGUUAUAUCUUCACAUCAAAAAGAUAAAGGAAAAAUUUUACAACAGAAAGACCAACAGAAAAAAAUAAGCAAAGAUAAAAAAUCAGAUGAAAGUUCAGAUCAUAAAAAGUCAAAAAAAAAAGAGGAAAAGCAUAGCAGUGGUAAAAGCAAACAUCAUUCUACACCUCAAAUAAAACCAGAAGAAAAAAAUAAAAAAGAGGAUAAUCAAGAUGAUGUGAAGAAAAAUAAAGAUACUGUUCGAAAUGAAAGUUCUAUGAAAGAGAGUUCAAUGGAGAAACUUCAACGUAAAAUAGCAGAAAAAGAGGAGGAAAAAGAAAGGAUGAAAAAAGAAAAAUACGAAAAGAAAAAGCGAGAAAAAAUUGAAAAAUUAAAAUUGAAUGGUACAACUGUAGAUACAAAUACAAAUAACCAAACAUCAGAAGCUAAUACUUCUAAAUCACAAGAUGGAGAUAGCUCUCAAGUUGAUAAAAAAAAGGAAGAAGAGACAAAAGAAGUUAACUCUUCAGAUGCCAUAGAAAGUAAUACAAAGAAACCUUCUGAAAAUAAUACAAAGAAGCUAUCAGAAAACAACACAGAAAAAACUUCGGAACAAACAGAUAAAUCAGAAGAAUCUUGUUUGGAAGAUAAGUCAAGUAGUGAAGAUGUAGAUCGUUGUAUGGGAGCAAUGAAUGAAUUAGAUCGAUUACCCAUUACACAAGUUAUACUAAAGAAAGAACCAGACAUUGUUCAGACAAUAAGAAAAUGUCGCAAAUUCAAAAAUAGUGAAGUUAUAAGGCAAAAGGCAGAAUAUCUGUAUCAUAAAUUCAAAUCAGCUUUUCUCAUUGGUGACACAGAAUCCUUCUCUCCACUUCCUGAAAAAGAAGUAAAGAAAGUUAACAAAUCAGUUACAAAACAAGAUGGUGCUGAAGAAGUUGCAUUGAAUGGUACAACUGUAGAUACAAAUACAAAUAACCAAACAUCAGAAGCUAAUACUUCUAAAUCACAAGAUGGAGAUAGCUCUCAAGUUGAUAAAAAAAAGGAAGAAGAGACAAAAGAAGUUAACUCUUCAGAUGCCAUAGAAAGUAAUACAAAGAAACCUUCUGAAAAUAAUACAAAGAAGCUAUCAGAAAACAACACAGAAAAAACUUCGGAACAAACAGAUAAAUCAGAAGAAUCUUGUUUGGAAGAUAAGUCAAGUAGUGAAGUUUCUGCAGAAAGACAAAAUACUUAGGUAUAUGAUCUAUAAAUACGAAUCCAGCCAUCUGGACCUCGUGUGAUAACAAUAACGGUUGUACAAAGUAUAGAUACUUACUUGUAUAUGUAUGUAUGAGUGUUGAACGUCAUAAGAAGUGGACUACGACCAAUACUAAAGAAAGAUAGUAUUUGUCACCAUUUUUUGUGCAUUUGUUUUUUCAGAUGAUAACAUAUUCAUUUUAUUGGUUAAUGUAGACUUCAUCUUGCAUAGAGCAUAUUUAUUCCAACGGAAAAAAUAACAUUUUUCAUUGCCAUUUUAUAAAACUAUAAUUUUUUUUUAUGUUUAAAUCAUAUUAAAAAACCAAGCACCCGUUUUCAUAAAAAAAACACUUAAUCAUCCCAUAGAAAAUGUUUAUACAAAAUGUUAUUGAGCAGUGACAUGUAAAAAAUAUCAUAUUAUAAAUCACAUCUAGAUCAUAUUUGAUAUUUACUUAUCACCAAAAAAAAAUGAUUGUGUUAACCAGGUCUUAACUUGGUUUUUAUGAAAUAAUCAUUUGCUUUAAAAUGUUGCAUAUCAGAUAAUACAUUGUUUUGUCUAUGCAACUGAAUACUCUGAAUAAAUAAAGUGUUUACAUAAAAAGUUUUUUUUUCCUGUUUUAUUGUAUAAAAUAAAAGACAUUUUUAAAA